GCGCCAGGAAAUACGCUGAGGGGGUCCUUGUCCACCUAUAGGUUGGGGGAUGCUCUGGCGUUGGUGCUUGGAAAGGAACCUGAAGACUCGGGAAGUGUGUGUGUGUUCUGGAACGGUUGCGCAUGCUCGACCCUCUCUCUGCGUCUUCUCUAUCCCCCGACCCUGAGAUGCCCAGCCCUUGGAAGGGCUGAGCCUCCCAUGCUCCCCUCCCCUUCAAGCUGUUGGCUAUCCCAGGCUACUGGUCCGAGGUCUUUGACAAGCUGGAUUUUUAUAUUUUAGGAAUGAACCUUUUACAAGGAAUGGAAAUAAAAAUAAGUGGAUCUGUACUACCUGCUGCCAAGAAGUUUACUUUCAACCUAGGAAAGUUUGAAAAUAACCUUGACUUCCACUUCAAGCCACCAAUUCAUAUCCGUCAUUUGACCAGCAUCAUCUGCUGCAAUAGCCUUGAAAAUGGCCUUCCGGGCCAAGAAGGAAAACAAGCCCACUUUCUCUUUGAGCCAGAAAGCAAGGUGGAGGUUGUCAUAACCUUUGAAGGUAAUCACUUUACCGUGACGCUGCCAGAUGGCUUUCACUUCAAUUUCCCCAAUCACUUGAACUUAGAUAAAAUUGACUUCUUGGAAAUUACUGGUGACCUCGAUCUCUCAAGCGUGGAAUUUAAAUAAAGCCCUCCAAUC